UGCUAAAAUAAUUUGAUUAGUUACAAAACAUUCGUCAAAUGGGCCUUUCCCACCAAUAAGCGCGCUGCUGCUCGGAAAGCCUCACAUUGCGCAGUAUGCAUUGCAGCUGUUCUGCAUUACAGAGCAGAGGAAUGGUGUGCAGAGCGAGGGGAGUGAGCGGGAGAUGAAGGGGAUUCUCCAAGCUCUCGUUUUCUGCAGUGCUGUGCACGGCUCUGUGUUAGGUGAGGGUGGGAGCCUAAGAUGGUGAGAGACUCCAUGCUCCACUCUCACUCUGACACAAGGGACUCUGCAGACUGAGCAUCCCACCUCCUCCUCCUCCUCCUCUUCUCUGCCUUUUCGCCAUCUCUCCUCUCCUCUCCUCUCUCUUGUGGAGCCCGUCUUUCCACCUUGCCUCAUUCCAUCGGGGCUUCGAUAGGCUGCUUGUUACCGGAUAACACUUGGAUCCUGUCAGAGGAAGACGGACAGAUGAAGCCAUCUGGAAGAGGAGAAAAGGGAGAGGAAUAUUGAUUGCAUCUUGGGGGGAAUUCCAUCACUCUUUGCCAUCCUUGAAAACAAUGGAUGAGGCUGGGAGGAGGCGCAUCUGAUUAGACUGGGGGAUGUAGAGGCUCCCACCACAGCCCUCCUCCAGAGACGGCAGGCGAGGCGUAGUCGCAGCACUCGACAGGCAGCAGACGGUGAUUUAAGUCGCGUCUGAAGCGUCGGGGCUGCCAGGCUGGGCUCAGCCUUGGGGAUCCACUCAGAGAGGAGCAUUCACUGCUUCUGCUGGGGAGCACCAGGGGCUCUGAACAGCUCAGCACCAUGCCUGAGGCCAACUACCUGUUCUCUGUGUCCUGGGGAUACAUUAAGUUCAAGCGGAUGCUGAACCGGGAACUCAGCCACCUGUCUGAGAUGAGCCGCUCGGGCAACCAAGUGUCAGAGUACAUCUCCAACACCUUCUUAGAUAAGCAGAAUGAGCUGGAGGUUCCCUGUCCGGUUCAGAAGAUGAGAGAGAGGAAGAGGAAGCAGGGCCAGCAGCAGCAGGUCGGGAUGGUGACACAGAUCAGCGGGGGGAAGAAGGUCAACCACACGUCCAUCAACGUCGGAAACCGCUUUGGCGUCAAGACGGACCAGGAGGAGCUGCUCUCCAAAGACAUGGAGGACAUCAACAGAUGGGGGCUGAAUAUCUUCAGAGUGGCGGAACAUUCUCACAACCGGCCGCUCACCUGCAUCAUGUACAAAAUCUUUCAGGAGCGAGACCUGAUGCGUACGUUCAGGAUUCCCACCGACACCUUCGUCACCUUCAUGCUGACCCUGGAAUCCCACUACCACUCGGACGUGGCCUACCACAACAGCCUGCACGCUGCCGACGUGGUCCAGUCCACACACAUCCUCCUGUCCACACCCGCGCUGGAUGCGGUCUUCACAGAUCUGGAGAUCUUGGCAGCCAUCUUUGCUGCAGCCAUCCAUGACGUGGACCACCCAGGAGUGUCCAACCAGUUUCUCAUCAACACUAACUCUGAGCUGGCUCUGAUUUACAACGACGAGUCAGUGCUGGAGAAUCACCACUUGGCUGUGGGCUUCAAGAUUCUGCUGGAAGACAGCUGUGACAUCUUCCAAAAUCUGUCCAGGAACCAGAGGCAGGCGCUCCGCAAGAUGGUCAUUGAGAUGGUUCUGGCUACCGACAUGUCCAAACACAUGAAUCUGUUAGCAAAUUUGAAAACCAUGGUGGAAACCAAGAAGGUGACCAGCUCUGGUGUCUUGCUUCUGGACAACUACACUGACAGGGUGCAGGUGCUGUGUAACAUGGUUCACUGCGCCGACCUGAGCAACCCCACCAAGCCUCUGGAUCUGUACCGCCAGUGGACCGACAGGAUCAUGGAGGAGUUCUUCCACCAGGGAGACAGGGAGCGGGAGAAGGGGAUGGAGAUCAGCCCCAUGUGCGACAAGCACACGGCUUCAGUGGAGAGAACUCAGGUUGGCUUCAUAGACUACAUCGUUCACCCUCUGUGGGAGACGUGGGCCGACCUGGUGCAUCCCGACGCCCAGGAGAUCCUGGACACACUGGAGGAGAACAGGAACUGGUACCAAAGCAUGGUCCCCCGAAGCCCCUCGCCUCCUUUCUACACCAGUGAUGGAGAAGGAGGCCAACAGGGGGACAGAGACGGGGGCUCCAUAGCCACUAAAUUUCCCUUCGACCUGACCGUGGACAGCAAGAAGAGGCAGGCUGGACACGGAGAGAGCACGCUGGCCGACACCGCUGUCAGGAGUGACCGUCUGAACCAAGGCAGUCCCUCUGAUCUGAAAGCAAGAGAAACGACCACGUGUGACGUCUCUCCUGCAGAAACAUAGCUGAACUGACUCAAGGUCCUGGAAAGGGACUUGGCUGAAUUUACUUUAUUGCAGUGAAGGCAUCCUGCAGUGAAGCUUUUUGGGGCUGUCUGGCUAAAGAAGGCCUGUCUGAAUGCCGGGCACCCCUGCAGACAAGGCUCAGAAACCCUGUUGCAGUCUGUUUUUGGUGCCCCCGGCAGAAGGAGCUGAGACUGUUUCUCUGAAGCAGAGGCUGCUGAGGCACGGCUGGAUCAGGGUCCUUCCAGACCAACAGUCUGGGUGAAAUGGUAUGAAUCUAAAAACUAAAGGUUAAGGAAAAAACUUCCAAACUUGAACUUCAGGACGUUUUUUUAUCUUCAUGUAGAAUAUUUGUAAUAUUACAAGACCUAAUAACACAACCCAAACUACUGUUCCGUGGGUUACUUGUAACCGAGUAGUUUGUCACUUGUUGGGAAAAGGAAAAAAAAAAAAGUGCCUUUUUAGUUUUGUUUUUAUUGUACAACCAUGUCUUUUUGUAAGCGUUUUGAUAAUUUAUUUAACACGCUCAUGUAGCUGUAAAAUGUUUCCAGUUUUCUACAAGAGGACAUCAUUGUCUCAUAGUCUUCCUAAUGUUCUGGCAAUAGUCUAAAAUUAUUCUCACAGGUGGAUGAAUGUGAAAAAUCUGUCGACUUCCCAGCACAAUUUGCACUUUGUGGCGCGCUGUAGAGCGAGGGCAGUGUGGAUCCUGUUUGAAUAAGGACGGCGCCCAUGUGAAGCCAAAUAAUUUCCUUUGAACAACCCAGUUUUUUUUUAUUUUAUUUAUUUUCAAUUCGUCACGUUGUCCAUUGCUCAACUUCUAGACAGAGGGUAGAACAAUAACGUAUCCAAAGAUCCUCCACCAAAAAGAGCCCUUUGAUGAUUUCACUGCCACGGCUGAGGAGAUUCCUCUGACGUACCGGAGCAACCCAUGCAGCACCCUCAAGCAAAUAUAUUUUAGAGCCCUCGUGUAAUUCCUCCAACUUCUUCAAGCGUAAAAACGUUCCAAUGCCGUUGCUGUUAGCUGUUAGCAGCCCUCCAUGCCCCUGCAUCCGCUUCACAUGGUGAGCCAUUUUGGAGCCAAGGGAUGCCUGGGAGGCUGCGCGCGGCUGAAAGAUACCAAACCUUCGGGACAACCUGACAAUGCCAACAGCUCUGCAGCUGGUUGCAGAUCUGUUCAAAACUUCCUAAAAGGUACCACGAUGUAUGGUGAGGGGAGAUGAGUUUGUAGUCAUAACAUGACGUUCUUCUUCUGUGAAUGUGUGCACAUGUGAGCGCUCACAGAGCUGUACAGUACCAACCGUCUAUUUAUUACCUUCUCCUUGUAUAUGAUAAUAUCGGUUGCUAAUAUUUACCAUGUAUUUGCUAUUAUUUAUAUGCACUACCACACGUCAAAGGACAGUUUGACUGAACCUGUCUGUAUUUAGUAAGCUAUUUUGCUAUAAGACCUCUUCUUGAAGUCCUAUAAGUAUGCUGGCGUUGAGGCUCCAGCCAGAAACGUUUGGCGGCCCGGCAGACGCCCUCCGGGUGUCCGGUCCUGGCCGGAUGACGAAGGCUGGACGUUUACUGCAGCAUAUUGUGUACGGUGACGGGUCAUUGUACAGCUGUAGGAAUAUUUGCUGAAAUAUUUAGCAUUGUUUCAAAUGUAUUUUUUCAGUGUUUUCCUCACAGUAUAUUGGUAAAAAAAAAAAGAAGAAAAUAUGUACAAAAAAAUGGUGUAUGUUGUGCUCAACAGAUGUUUUCCAUGUGAUUAUUAAAAUAAGCAUGUAAAACAGAA